CUCAGCCUCCAUUAACUGAGGAAAAAGAAAACAAAAAAAGGGAAAAUCUCAACGUCCCAGUUUAGCGUCUCCGCCUCCCUCACACAGUGAUCCUUCACUCACUAUCACUCCAACUUUGAGAUUCCAAUACUGAAUGAACAAGCCCCACUCUUUACCUCAAUCCCAUCUCCACCCCAAUAAAGAUUCACACUUUCCCUCAUUCCUACUCACUCUCUCUCUCUCUAUUCUCUUCAACUGCAAAGUUAUCAAUUUGAGAAAUUUUUAAGAUAUUGGAAGAGAAAUGGCUGGUUGUUCUUCAAGUUUUGGAGUAUCGAAUGUUGUAACCAUGCGGAAUGAGGUGGGUUUGAGGAAGAUGGGGAGUCAGAAUUUGGUUUUUGAUAGUGUUAGUUUUAGGUGUAUUGCAGAGGUAGCUUUGCCCAUUUUCUGCGGGAAGAGUAACUUUGGAAAUGGGGCGAAUUCGAUUUCGGUGAAGAAAGACUCCAAUUUUGUAGUCAUUAGUAUGUUACAGCCUCGGGAUGAAAGGAAUUUCAGCUUAGGUGCAGUAACAGUUUUGAAUGAGGGAGGUGGUGCGACUGUAGGAAAGGAUGCUAGGAUUUUGGAGAAUGAGGGUGCUUCGAAAAUCUAUAAGGAUGGUAAUGAUGGGGUCGUGCUUGAUGCUAGUGGUGGUAAUGGGAAGUAUCCGAAUGGUAAAGGAGAAGGAGGAGGGGGAGGAGGAGGAGGAGGAGGAGGAGGUGGUGGUGGUGGUGAUAAUGAUAAUGGGAAAGACGGAGAAGAAGAAGAAGAGUUCGGGCCAAUUCUGAAAUUUGAAGAAGUUAUGAAGGAGACAGAGGCACGAGGGGCUAGUCUUCCCCUUGAUAUGUUAGAGGCUGCCAAGAAUGAGGGAAUUCGCAAAGUGCUCCUUCUUAGAUAUCUGGAUUUGCAGGGGUCAGCCUGGCCUCUUGGCUUUGCAAUGAAGUCAUGUUCUAUGCUUCGGGAUCGUAUGCUAGCUGAUCCAUCUUUUCUUUUCAAAAUUGGAACAGAGAUAGUCAUUGAUUCUUGUUGCGCUACAUUUGCUGAAGUUCAAAAGAGGGGAAAGGAUUUUUGGGCCGAAUUUGAGCUGUAUGUUGCAGAUCUUUUGGUUGGGGUAGUAGUUAAUGUUGCUUUAGUUGGAAUGUUGGCACCGUAUGCUCGUAUUGGGCAACCAUCAUUAUCAAAAGGGUUCCUUGGAAGCAUUCAACAUGCUUAUGGAGCUCUUCCUAGCAGUGUAUUCGAAGCUGAAAGAUCAGGAUGUGGAUAUUCUGUCAAACAGAGAAUUGCCACUUACUUCUUUAAGGGGAUCUUAUAUGGAGCAGUAGGCUUCGGGUGUGGUAUUAUUGGCCAAGGAAUUGCAAACUUAAUCAUGACUGCUAAGCGGAGCAUAAAGAAAUCAGAAGAAGACAUACCAGUGCCACCUCUAAUUAAGAGUGCAGCUCUCUGGGGUGUUUUCCUUGCCGUCUCUUCAAACACCCGCUAUCAAAUAAUCAAUGGACUUGAACGCUUGGUAGAGACAUCACCUUUGGCAAAGCAGAUCCCGCCUGUGGCAUUGGCUUUCACUGUUGGUGUACGAUUUGCCAACAACGUGUAUGGUGGAAUGCAAUUUGUAGACUGGGCUAGAUGGAGUGGGGUGCAAUAACUCGAUCAGUUUAAUGAGAGAGGAUAUAUUAUUGACAUGUCUAUUAUUUUAUGUCCAAAUGGAGCCUGUGCCUUGCAUCAUUCAGCACAGAAUCCUCGAUUUGGAAUUCAGUCCCCUCCCUCAGCGAAAUUGUUACCUCUAAGAAUAAGAUUUCUUUCAAUGCUUUUAUAUAUCAUGUAAAAUGUUCAGCGGAUGCUCAUUUGUGGUCAUUUAAGUGAAUCAUGCUCAGUUCAUUAGGGAUAUUUCUCUGAUGUG